AUGGCAAAAGUGGACUCCCAGGACAGGUGGGGCGAAGUGUCCCCUCUCGGCAGCUUGACUCAGGAGGCUCAUGAUGGCCAGAUGCUAAGCCUGAACUUAGAGAGUGAGGAGGAAGAUGGUGGGGAGACAGGAGAUAAAGAGGGCACUGGUGACCUGGCGGCCUGUCCAAGGGGCAGCUCCCCAGGAAGUCACAACAACCCAGCCUCCAAGCAUCCAGCUGGGAAAGAGGAAGAGAAAUUCUCUGACUACUUCAGCGGUAAGGGCGUGGGGCAGAAACCGAUGGAGAUGCCUGGGAAGGCCAGUUGGGGAAGAGAGGUGUCAAAGAUCACCCAGACCCUGGGUACCCUUCCCAGCGGCCUCUCUCAUAAGUUGUUAGGUCAGAUGCAACCUCCUAGAGACUCACUACCUGCGGGCGACGAUGGAUACAGGAGUGCAAACCAGGAUGCGGCUUUGGAUGUCCCAUCCAGCUUACCGGGCACUGGAAAGUAUUCUUGUGCGCAGAAAGAUGUAGAAGCGUCCCCAGACAUCUCUUCCCCAGCGUGUUUCCCCAGGCCAGGGCGCAACUGGGACCUCCCCACGCGGGAGACGCACACACCUGCCCAGGGGUCGGCCGUCCCAGCCAGCCUGGCAGCCGCGGUACUGGCAAAAGCGCGUAUUAGCAGGAAGGGCCAGAACCAAGCGGGCGCGCGCGAGGGCGGGCAGGCGGAGGCGCGUCCCUACAGGUGCCUGCGAGGCGGCCAGGCCUUCCAGAAGCCCAGCAAACCGCCGAGCCCCGCCGAGACGCGCGGUGGCGCCAAGCCUCACGCGUGCGAGCUGUGCGGCAAGGCCUACUCCCACCGGGGCACGCUCCAGCAGCACCGGCGCCUGCACACGGGCGAGCGGCCCUACCGGUGCCCCUUCUGCGACAAGGCCUACACCUGGUCCUCCGACCACCGCAAGCAUAUCCGCACCCACACAGGCGAGAAACCCUACCCGUGCCCGGACUGCGGAAAGGCCUUCGUGCGCUCCUCGGACCUGCGCAAACACCAGCGCAACAUGCACAGCAACAACAAGCCCUUCCCGUGCGCCGAGUGCGGCCUGACUUUCAACAAGCCGCUGUCGCUGCUGCGCCACCAGCGCACGCACCUGGGCGCGAAGCCCUUCCGCUGCCCCGCCUGCGACCGGGAGUUCGCCGUGGCCAGCCGAAUGGUGGAGCACCAGCGCGUGCACUCGGGCGAGCGGCCCUUCCCCUGCCUUACCUGCGGCAAGUGCUUCACCAAAUCCUCCAACCUGUACGAGCACCAGACGCUGCACACCGGCCAGAGGCCCUUCAAGUGCGCCGACUGCGGGGUGGCCUUCGCGCAGCCCUCGCGCCUCGUGCGCCACCAGCGCAUCCACACCGGCGAGAGGCCCUUCCCUUGCACCGAGUGUGGCCAGGCCUUUGCCCGCUCCUCCACCCUGAAGCGGCACCAACAGAUCCACUCCGGGGAGAAGGGCUUCCUCUGUGCGGAGUGCGGCAAGGCCUUCCGCAUUGCCUCGGAGUUGGCCCAGCACAUCCGGAUGCACAACGGGGAGAGGCCGUACCAGUGCGAGGACUGCGGCCAGGCCUUCACCCGGUCCAAUCACCUCCAGCGCCACCGAGCCAAGCAUGGCACCUGCAAGAAGGAGCCCAUCCCCUCUGCUUCUGACGAGUGA